AUGACGCCCACCCAGAAUGAAGAACAAACCCUCGCUGCGAUCGUUGAGGCCGUGAAGGAGAGCGGGGGAGAGAUCGAGAUCGAGCAGUUCGAAUGGGCCAGCAUGGUGGACUUGGAUUACAACUCGGGGUUUGUCACGGUGAGGCUCAAGUACUUCGUUCUCCUCCACGCGUGCGGGGUAGAGGACAACGCGGACGCGCUCCGCCUCGAGCUCCGAUGUGCGAAUGCGGCCGCGCUCCAGACUCUUGUUCACCUCUUGUUUGAGUUCCGGCGCGGCCCGACGGCCUAA